CUGGCUGGCUGAUUGGCUGGCUGGCUGGUUGGCUAACUGGCUGGCUGGCUGGCUGGCUGGCUGGCUGUCUGGCUGGUUGGCUGGCAAGUAGCAAUCGCAGAGUGGCACGGAGAGGCAUCUAAGCCGGGCAGCGCCACACACACCCAGCCUCCACCCUCCCUCUACCAGCGUCCCUCGCAGGAUUACUGCGGCAGGCCAGGCGGGAGCAGCAAGCAGAAGGCACCAGGCGAGGUGUGCAGGGCGAGUGGUCACGAUCCCUGCUACGUGAGUGUUGAUAUUACGCAGCGCGCUCCGAUGCCUGACACUGUGAGCUGGUGGGUGUGAGUGUACCUAGCUGUGCUGUGGUGCUUUGCCUCAGCCCGGUGUUACAUUGUGUGGUGCUUUGUUGUAGAGUUUCGGUGCAGUGUGUGGUGCUGUGUUGCAGCGUGCUGGUGCAGUGUUGUUUGUGGCUACAUUGAACCAGUAGAGUGUGGUGUGCUGCGAUAGAGUGGCAGUGCGGUGUGUUGCGAAAGCACUCCCUAUUGUGUGAUGAAUCAUACGAUGUGGCGCAUCUAUACACAGUGAGGAGGUGACUGAUACGGUGCGGCGUGGUAAUGAUCUGCCCCUGAUUCCCAGGAAGGUGGCAACACCAGAGGAGUGGGAGAGGUGGCGGGAAAAUGGAGAUGCUUCCUCAGGUCGCCGCCACGGAGUUGUCAGGCAAGCCAGCAGCCGUCACGCUGCCCCACCACGGGUGUGUUGGACCUGAGGCAGACCAAGACACUGCCCUGGAGGCAUUACAGAGUAUCACGACAGAGAAUGAAGCGAAAGAGUACAGCACAGAGAAAGGAGAAGAGGAGGACGAAACAGAAAGUUUUGGUCAUUCGACACAGGCAUUAGAAAUCACCCUCAACUCUGAGCUCGAGGAAGCGCUCGCUGGCAUUCACAGAAAGAAAGGUUUUGCCUUCAACUGCGACCACUUUAACUUUCCUUUGUGCGAGUGUGUGGCCAGAGCCGCCAAUCCGCGCCCUAAUCACGGCCGUCUUGGGCGCAGGUCCUGCCGCCGGAGUCACCGAGGGCCCACACUGGCCGACCUGCGGGACACUGGCCUCGAGGUGUUUGACGAAACCGAAGAAUCUGAUUUUCAAGAAUCGGAGACGGAGACAGAAAACCUGUUGGCCGAUACCACUGACGCAGAAUCCGAUUACACGGCGGGACUGGAAUCUGACGUAGAGGGCGCUGUAGGUGGUGAUGAUCCCAAUCAGCUGGCACCACCGAGCACCACUUGCCAGCGACGCGCGUCCAUUGUGACCGCCGACAGUCGCCGGGAUGACAUCGCGCCCUCACCGGAGCCUAUCAAGGUGGCAGUCUUCGGAACAGAUGGGGUCGGCAAGUCUGCCCUCAUCGUGCGGCUGCUGACGGGACGCUUCAUCGGUGAGUACGACCCCACGCUGGAGGCGGUGUACAGCUACCAGAUCCCCCUGCCCGGCCACACCUUACCGCUCCAGGUCAUGGAUACCGCCGGCCACGUGGAGGUGGUGGAGGCCGGAAGGGAGCGGCAGGUGUCGUGGGGCGAGGGCUUCAUGCUGGUGUUUUCCCUCACAUCCCACGACUCCUUCAUCUCCCUCAACCACCUGCGCCGCGUGAUCCUGGAGCUGACCCCCGGCUCCCCGCGGCCCAUGGUGCUGGUGGGCAACAAGGCAGACCUAGUCCACGCCCGGGAGGUGAGCGACGAAGAGAUCCGCGACCUGGCCAACACGUGGGGUUGCGACUACUUCGAGGUGGCGGCCCCUGAACCCUGGCAGGUGGUAGUGCGACCUUUCGCCGCCAUCUACCAGGCCGUCCUCAACGGCCGCGCCUCCCACUGAUGACUGACCCUUAGAAGUAUCGGAGGAACGAAAAUCCUGCACUCUGCCAGAUGAGCGGUCAUCUCAAGGGGCAGAUAAUGGAGAAGCUCCACUCAGUGGCCUCGCUAAUCUUGUGAUAAUGAAGGAUGAUAGGUCCCAGCGGCACGGGUCUGAUUAACUCGUCUUCUCCCACCGAGAAAUGGUAAUUAAUCAUCCCCAGGUUCCCGACACUCCGGCAACUUAUAAUUUGAUCACUUGCAAUAAUUCGUGAGUCCACGAAUUACCAAACUAAUGUUAGAUCUUCCCGAUGGCUCCCUACACACUCAACACACGAUAGUCAUUUUGAAACCUUAAAAAAGAAAACAUAAAAGCCUACUCAGGGGUCAUAAAUUUUUAUUCACGCCGCAGAACCAGUGAGACGCAAUAACCUGGAGGAGGUCUAAUGACAGCCUGCAAACCAUCAGCACUCACAAGGUGCAAUCAGAAUAAAUUUCACUGGUGUUACAUUAUUUGUGUUGUGUAACUCCGGUGGGUGUGUUGCAAAGGCUCGAUCGCCACUGGCCAUCCUGUAACGAAGUGAUGGUGCACAAUGAGAGAACAAUGAGCGAGAACAAUACGACAUAAUCAGUUGGCAGCAUAACAGAAUGACCGCCACGAUACGUUUCACAUAUUUUUCUCUUCUUUAAGAUCGAUACGACGGUAACGCAGCGUUGGAGAAGGACGGCGUUAUGGUUUCCUGAACUGUUUUGUCACGUAUUACCUCCUAAAUAACUGCUGUGUUCGGAUAGUCAUCGUAUGCUCUGCUUGACAUUAUUACGAGUAUAAUCCUGUGAAAUCCAAGCCUGUCUAUCUAAGUGGGUUGAGAAAUAGUGCUGUGUUGGAGUGAAAAUGUGGUACAUUGUAUGUUAUCACGUGGCAGUCUGCUGAUGUGACACAUAUGUAUGCAGAAUAAAUAUAUACCAAGGAA